AUGUGCUCAGCGCGGGCUCCCACGUCUGGGGACAAAAACCGGGGUGUUCCACCCCAAAAAUCAACACUUACUGACCGCAACCUAUAUGAUUCAACCCGAGAGAGGUUGCUGCACCAGACAGUGCCUUUCCCGAUCUCCAUCGCCGUCGAACCGAGGCUUGCGGUCUUCACAAGCCUGAGACACGGAGAGACCGCCGCUAUCCGGGCUCACAAACAACAUCUGGACACCCUGGGAAGCACUCCACCCUCCUUGGACCGGCAGGGGUCAUCACGGUCAACACCAGGCUACCCCACUUACCUUGCGGCCAACGGGCAGCUGCGUUUGCAG